AAUGGCUACAGCAGCUCAACCUGCUCUUCGAGUCUAACUUCGCCACAUUCUCUGACUUCCUGUCACUGAGCUCCGGGCCACCCAGCAGAAUGGCUGCGUUCCUGCGAGCUCGUAAAUAUGUUCGUUGUGUUAUCCGUUUCUCCGACCGUGACCUGUAAACGCUGCUGUUAAAAACGUCUGACGGGGAAAGAGAAGAGCUACUAGAGAAGCCGCCAUGGCUGAAGAAAAUACUGAUAUGAGCAGCAUGAUCGAGGAUGAAGACUCAGAUGAUCCAAAUCUUCAGACGGAGCUCACUGCUUUCAGAGCUCAAUGGAUGUCUGAACUCAAAACGAGCUCUGGAGCGGGUGGAUGGAGUGGCCGACAGCUGCGAGGGCAAGGUCUGAAGAGGACACAAGAUGUCGCCCGUGAGGAGAAAGCCACAGAGCUGUUCUUGAGAGCUGUUCAGGAAGAGCAGAAAGGACACGUCUAUGAGGCUAUUAAGUUCUACCGCAUGGCGAUGCAGCUUGUGCCUGACAUCGAGUUCAGAAUCAACUACAGCCGUCCUCCCGAUGCAGACCGGGCUGGAGGAAAAUACAUGGAGGACAGUGUCAAUGGUGAGAUUGAGGAUCUACUUUCCUAUUUUGAGCAGGAGCUUAAUCUGGAAACUUCCCUUCCAAAGAUCUGCAAUCCUCAGCUGGAUUUCACUCAGAUGCACAUCUCAGAACUGCCCCGGGAAAUCCUAAUGUACAUUUUCCGUUGGGUUGUGUCGAGCGAACUGGAUAUGCGAGCCCUGGAGCAGCUCUCUUUGGUUUGCCGUGGGUUUUACCUUUGUGCAAGGGACCCUGAGAUUUGGCACUCUGCCUGUUCAAGAGUGUGGGGAAGGAACUGCACUAAAAUUGCACCUUUCAAAUCCUGGAGGGAAAUGUUUCUGCAAAGGCCUCGUGUGCGUUUCGAUGGUGUUUAUAUCAGCAAGACAUCAUACAUACGCCAAGGAGAGGAAUCGCUGGAUGGAUUUUACAGGCCUUGGCAUCACGUUGAGUACUACAGGUACAUGCGCUUCUUCUCUGAUGGCCAUGUCUUCAUGGUGACCACCCCUGAGGAACCUCUGACUGUUGUUCCUCGUCUGCGCACUAAGAACAUCAGAAUGGAAUCUGGUCUGCAUGGUCAUUACCGUCUGUCACAGGAGACGGACAAUCAAACCAAAGUUUUUGCUGUUGUCUGCAAGAAGAAGGAGGAGAGAGCAACCGAGUUUCAGAAAAAUCGGUUCUGCGGGCGGAACCAGUAUCCGGAGGCUGAACACAACUUCCACGUGGGACUGCAUCUGUCCUCUGGGGGGCGUCAGAGUUUCAGUAAGCUGGUGUGGAUCCAUCACUCCUGCCACAUCACAUACAAGCCGACUGGGGAAACGGUUAUCACUGCGUUCGACCUGGACUCUAUGUACCAGCCCUUCGUCUUUGCACGUGUGAAGAGUUACACUGCUUGCUCCACUCAGCCUCUCUAAGCAGCCUGGAGACCUGCACACAAUCCCAGCAAGACAACAGCUAAUGUUCCUUUACCAUUUUAAGAAAAUGCAUUCUCCUCAGCUUGGUUAAUUUGUGCUGCAGCUUGAAUAUGUUAUAUUAUCGAACAUUCAUGUUACAUUCAUGCGAACACUUUUUGUUGAUGGUUUACAAAAUAGAAUACUACUUAUUUUCUGAUUUCAGAAACUAUAAUAAUGUGCUGAGAGCUAAAAUAAUUAGCAAUCUUUCCCAACUGUUCCAAGCAUUGAAUGUUUAUACUGUGUUUCAUGGUUCACCUUCUCCCUAAAAUAAAAAGUGGUGAAAAUGUUGA